AUGGCUUGCAUACCCCAGACCCUGGUGGACCCUGAUCCUGUUCGCGAGUCAAUCUCACAGAUAGAUACAGAUACAUGGCUUAUCGGUCCUCUUCUUCUUCACCGGUCUCAGGGUCCAUAUGACACGUCGACCUGGUAUGAUCCAGAUGACAGUACCAGUUAUACACUUUCCAAUGCACCCAUCCCACCGCCUCCGAGCGUACCUUUACCCACGGAUGACCCGAAAAUCAAAUUAGUCUACGAUGCCGGGGAUAGCUCUGCGGUUUGGUCGAUAGGAUACCAUGCCUUCUGCAAGGUCAAAAUCAGGAUCCCCGGCACAACAGCAGAAGCCACAACAUUAGACUUUGUUCACAAACAGAAACCCGAUUUUCUUCUCCCCACAACUUUACACGAAACAGAGUGCAGGGACCGGUACUAUCUUUUCCUAAGUAGAGUUCCCGGUCGAACUCUCGAGAGAGCCUGGCCCACUCUCGAUGGGGACUGGAAAUCUCACUACGUGAACGCCAUAGUGGACGCAUGCAAGUUUCUCGAAUGUCGAGAAGGCAAUACCCUUUGUGGCGUGGAUGGAAAAAACGUACUGGAAAACUACCUGAUUAAAAACGGAGCAGAAAAAGAUUACUCCCCCUGCAAUCUCCGCCGGGCAUGUGAAUUGAUGGGUAUGGACUGCUCAAAAUUCGUGUUCUAUCAUGCCGAUCUAGGGCCGGGAAACAUUAUCGUGGAGCAUAUACCCCAGACUGGGAGAAUUGGAAUUAUUGACUGGGAGGCUGCGGGCUUUUUCCCACGGGGAUGGAUUCGGACCAAGUUUCGAAUGAGCAGUGGCAUGGAUCUGCUAGACUAUUACAAACCACGCGAGUGGAGGUCGAGAGUUCAAAGGUUGCUAGGGGCACAUGGAUAUGAGGAGUACGCAUCGGAAUUUGAGACCUGGUGGCUCUGA